AUGAGAAAGAUAGGUUCCAGGCUUCUAGCUGCCUGGUAUGAGCUGGAAAUGGAAGUGAACCAGUCGCAGUCCCAUGGUCUGACUGCCACCACCGCAGGUCUGACUGCCACCAGCGCAGGUUUGACUGCCACCAGCGCAGGUCUGACUGCCACCACCGCAGGUCUGACUGCCACCAACGCAGGUUUGGCAGCCACCAACGCAGGUCUGACUGCCACCAACGCAGGUUUGGCAGCCACCAACGCAGGUCUGACUGCCACCAACGCAGGUUUGACUGCCACCAACGCAGGUUUGACUGCCACCAACGCAGGUCUGACUGCCACCAACGCAGGUUUGACUAGCACCGACGCAGGUCUGACUGCCACCGACGCAGGCAUUCCCUCGGCAGUCCUUCCCUCGGCAGUCCUUCCCUCAGCAGUCCUUCCCUCGGCAGUCCUUCCCUCCCUCAGCAGUCCUACCCUCAGCAGUCCUUCCCUCGGCAGUCCUUCCCUCAGCAGUCCUUCCCUCGGCAGUCCUUCCCUCGGCAGUACUUCCCUCAGCAGUCCUUCCCUCAGCAGUCUUUCCCUCAGCAGUCCUUCCCUCAGCAGUCCUUCCCUCGGCAGUACUUCCCUCAGCAGUCCUUCCCUCAGCAGUCCUUCCCUCGGCUGUCCUUCCCUCGGAAUUCCUUCCCUCAGCAGUCCUUCCCUCGGCAUCCCUCGCCUUGAUGGCAGCGCUGCCACCACCCAGGGUGGCGCGGGUGGCCGCCUUUUGUCCGCGUCAUGGGAGGCUGGGCAGACGCGUCGACCGUGA